AUGGUGAACGGGACUGCGGCGGUGCUAGAGCCCACAUUCACAGGCUAUGUGGCGACGACUCAAGAUGCGCUGAUUCUAUUCGAGGCCUGUCUGACAGGUGUGCUGCAUCAUGUCCCUCGUCGACCACACGACCGGGAGCGAAGUCAUUUAGUGCGCAGUGGGAGCGUCUUUAUCUACGAGGAGAACUCAUCGGGAAUUAAACGAUGGACUGACGGUGUGACUUGGAGCCCCAGUCGCAUUCUGGGCAAUUUCUUGGUGUAUCGGGAGUUGGACAAACCAUUCCCGCCCGGUGAGAAGAAACGCGCCAUGAAGAAGGCCAAUCGACGGCCGGUGCCACCCACUCGACCUGGAGAGCCAUAUCCGCGACAUGACAGCAACGGUCAGAGUUAUUCCCCGACAUCACCUCCAGCGGCCUUUGGAGAACGAACACAUCAGUCAGAGGUGGAACGGGCAUUGGUGGGGUCGCUGGUAGAUUCGUACGGCUUCAAGGACUCGGGGUUGGUCAAGAAGACCAUGAGUGUGACCGUGAUGGGGAUUACCCACCACCUGGUCUCCUAUUACAGCGUGGACGAUGUGAUGCGCGGGGUGCUAAACCCACCUUCGAUGGUCGAGUCGUUGCGCUACAUUCGACCGCGCAUCGACCUGACCCAGAAACAGAGUUUCCGCGCCCCCAUCGACGAUCUGGAGUCAAAUGCGUUGGAGAGUGCUCCUCAUGAUCCGUCUCAUGCAGCCCUCUACGGAUACCGCCCCCAGAUGAUGGCACCCCCUGCCUAUGGAAUGCCGAACCCAUCAGCCGAUUUUUACAUGCACGCCAACCACUAUGCCGCCAGCCACGCUCCGCAACCAGGCCCCAUAGCCGGAUACUCCAUGGGUGGCAACAUGCCCGGUCAACCAGCACCUAACCCAUACCUUCCAUCGCCCGCUGUGGCAGCCACGAUGGCCCCGAAGCAAGACGACUACCACGCAUUCCGGGCUGGACCAUACGGAGGAAGCAUGGAUUCCAUGAGUGCUCACAGCGCUUUCGAGCGCAAUCGCUCAACCUCAGACCAUAGCCCUUCUGCAUACCGCAACUCAUCCAUCUCUUCUCGAAGCGUCGCAACCGACGCGACGUCUCCCAUGGAUCCCUCGACCCCGGGCACGUAUUCACGAGGCAGCUUCGGCUUACCUAGCCAUAUGGACAACACUCAUCUUGAUUCUCGCGGCAUCGGCCCUCUCGACCCGAAUGUACCACGUCGCGAAUCCAACCCCGUUCACCCCUCCUACUAUGCCCCUCCCGAUCGUUCGCAAUACUACGUCGGUGCGGCAGCCCCUGUCAACCACCCCCACUACGCGGCCUGGACAACCACCGCUCCGGCCCAGCCCCAAAUCUAA